AUGGCAAACCAGGUUGUGGAGAAAGGGUCCGAUCCUCGUAGCUUGAUCACAUCCUUUGAUUGGAGGAAUUUGAUCGAUUCUCAAUGGAAGGACGCAAAUUAUAAACAAAGAGCCAUUGCAAGCCUUGUACAGGCAGUGUACUUGCUCGAGCUCGAUAGACAAGAGAACAGAACUCAAGAUAAUUCUCCAGCUUCGCAAUUUUGGAUUCCCUUCAACUAUAAGCCUACACAAAUAUUGAUUGAUCAAAGAGAUGGAUCCAUUUUUGGUGCAAUAUUUGAGUGGGAUCGGUUCGCCGCAAUGUCUGACUUCAAGCUAUUUAAAUCAAUUGGUGCCCCGAGAGCUGUUUUAGCGCUUAGAGGAACAUUGAUACGAGUCCCUACAGUGCGAAGAGAUUUUGAAGACAAUUUCCGUUUUGUUGCUUGGGAAAGCUUGAAGGACUCUGUGAGGUUUAAAGUAGCUAUGGAUGCGGUAAAAUCGGUUUCUGAAACCUAUGGAAGCAGAAAUGUAUACAUUGCAGGGCAUUCUUUAGGCGCUGGAUUGGGUCUUCAGUUGGGAAAGGAAUUGGCAAAGGAAAGGAUUAAUGUGGAAACUCAUGUAUUUAAUCCUCCAGCGGUUUCACUUGCUAUUAGUCUUGGAAAUAUUGGAGAAAUGGCUGAGUAUGUUUGGAAUGGAAUCAAAGAUAUGCUUCCUUCAGGUACCGAGGCGCAAGUCAGCAACAGUGUGGACGAGACUUACAUUAGAACAACUUUAACGCAGGGUUGUUAA